AUGGAUUCCAAUGUCGAGAAAGUCCCAACACAGAUGGACGUCAAGGAUACGUCCACCCCAUCAGACCCGCCUUCCAUCAAAGAUGGCGUGCAAAGCAACGUUGACACCGGCGUCGUCCUCACUCACGAUGAAUAUCACCUAGCUACUCUGGGUUAUAAACAAGAGUUUAUUCGAUCUCUGGGCUUUUUCGAGUCAUGGAGCUCGACCUUCACUAGCAUGAAUUUCAUAAGUGGUAUCCCUGUCUUAUUUGGGUGGGUGAUGUACACGGGGGGACCUCAAGCAGCAUUUGCCAAUUGGACGAUGGUGGGCGGCUUGUCUUGUAUUGUGAGCUUAGUGAUGGCAGAGCUGGCUGCCUCGCUACCCACGACGGGUGGCAUCUACUUCUGGAGUUACCGCCUAGGAGGAGAAAAAUACGGGCCGUUCUUAAGCUGGAUGACUGCCUGGUGGAACUGGGCAGGCUGGAUCAGCGUCGUCCCCGGUGUCCAACAAGGCUCUACCAACUUCUUGGUCUCGGCUUUGAUGAUCAAGUACCCCAACUCUGAAGUCCUCCACAAGGGCUGGUUCUUGUGGCUGCUCACAAGCAUCGGCAUGAUCUUUGCCAUGAUUCCAAACAUCUACAAUCCGAGGCUGCUUCGGUUAUACUUCCGGUUUGCUGUGGCCAUCUUCUUUUCACUCUUCUUCAUGUACUGGAUCUGGUUCCCGAUCAAGGCCUCCGAAAAGCAUUUCAACAGCAGCCACGGAGCAUUUGAUUUGUUCUAUAACGGGAUCAACCUAGGAGACAAAAAAGAGGCAUCUGAUGCAUAUUGUUGGGUUAUUUCCGUCCUCUUCGGAGCCUGGGUUUUCUAUGGGUACGACGCAUCGGCCCAUUUGGCUGAAGAAACCAAACAAGCCUCAACGGUCGUCGCCAAGGGUAUCUACACAUCGACUUUCUCAGCCUGGAUCUUGUCAAUUCCCACCCUCAUAAUCAUUUUAUUCUGUAUGCAAGACUUCGACGGCAUCAUCUCAGCAACCUAUGCGAACAACUGGGCCGAGUAUCUUGUCCAACUCAUUGGUGAGAAUGGCGCAGUGGCCAUUCUUUCAAUGCUCUGGGUGGACAGCACGUGCGCAACAGCAAGUUGCUUCAUGUCGGCCCAGCGAGUCACGUAUGCCAUCUCACGAGACGGCGUGCUCCCGUUCAGCUUCUUCUUCAGGAAGCUCUCCAAACGCAAGAUGGCGGUCAAUGCUGCGCUCCUCGUGUUGGUCAUGUCCGUUGCGAUUACAACCGCCGUCAUUGGCUCCGCCGUCGCCUUCUCAGCCAUCACAGCUACGGCAACCAUCGCCACAAACUUCUCGUACCUGAUCCCCAUCGUUGCGAGACAGACAGUGGGACGCAAGUCGUUUGUGCCGGCAAAGUGGAAUUUGGGAAAGUUCUCGGCACCACUCGCCAUUGUGGCCAGUGUCUACAUCUUGUUCCUCUUUGUGGUCCUUCUCCUGCCGCAAUUGUACCCAGUGGACGCGAACACACUGAACUAUGCUCCGAUUUGCAUAGGCAUCAUCACCAUCAUUAGCUUGGCCGGCUGGUUUUUCCCCGUAUGGGGCGCCAUGCAUUGGUUCCAAGGCCCGAUCAAGACGAUCACCGAAGAAGAGUUGAGAAAUGCACGGGUCGAAGGAGGAGUGGCGACGGUUGAUGAAGGAGAUGCCUUGGUAAAUAUUGAGUAUGGACAUCGGCGGAAGAGUGUGUGA